UAGGGUGGGUGGAAGGGUGCAUUAGGGAAGAGAGGUGCAGGAGUCGGGUAAAGGACCAGAUGAGGUGGUCAUCACGGCCUUAGGGCCCAGGGUCCAGGGGGAGAGCCAGGGGUGUGUGCGGGAGCGCACAGGGAUGGGCGCGAGCCAGUGGGGGACCGGAAAGAUGCAAGCCUAGGCCGGGAGGGGACAUGAAUCUGGGUCUGGGUGACAAGUAGAUGAAUCCAAGUGCGUAGGGUAGGGGAGGGAAGACGCUAUAGGAUGCCAGGAGAUCAGCGCAUCGGGAAUGGAAACUGGGGGGAACUUAGAAAUUGAGGCAGGUGACAGAGUCAGAUGACAUCAGGAGGCUGGCUUCCUACCCCGGGCUCUAGGCUGCCUGGAUCCCCAGGGUUCCUAGGGAAGUGGCUUGACGCCACAUGCGGGCACAUUCUUCUGGGCCAGGCCUUGGAUCCUGGAAUCAUGGCUUGGUGGUGCCUAGAUGGGCUUCCCCACGGUUCUACCACACCAUGGAGAGAUCUGUGGAGACUGGGUCCCCUACACUGUGUGGGCGCUCUCUCACCUCCCAGGGACCGUAGACAGUUACAGAGAAAGGGAAACAUAGAUGGCUGGAGACAGAAUCUAGACCCUUUAAAUAAUGUGGAGAUGUUACCACCUUCAGGUUUUGCUGGGCUGGUUCCCCCCUCUCACUUCCAAACCCGACCCCUUCCAACUCUGCCGAGAAUGGCCCCCACCUGGGCUUCAGACAUUCCUCUGGUCCAAUCCACGGCCCGGCAAGAUGUCUUAGAGAGGCGGGAGCCUGAUGAAUGGUGGUGUGGAUGCAGACUCCCAGCCCCAGCUUCAGCCCUGUCUUUGGAACCAGGAUCCUCUCAUGCCCUGAGCCAGCAGGCAGAGCUGAUCUCGCGGCAGCUGCAAGAGCUGCGGCGGCUGGAGGAGGAGGUCCGGCUCCUGCGGGAGACCUCGCUGCAGCAGAAGUUGAGGCUGGAGGCUCAGACCAUGGAGCUGGAGGCUCUUACAGUGGCUGAGAAGGCGGGCAGAGCUGAGGCUGAGGGCUUGCGUGCUGCCUUGGCUGGGGCUGAAAUGGUCCGGAAAAACCUGGAGGAGGAGAGCCAGCGGGAGCUGGAGGAGAUUCAGAGUCUGCACCAAGAGCAGCUGUCUUCCUUGACGAAGGCUCACCAGGAGACUCUUGCCAGUUUGACCAGCAAGGCGGAGGGUUUGGAGAAGUCUCUGAACAGCUUGGAGUUCAGGAGGGCAGAGGAAGCCAAGCAGCUGGCCACAGCCCAGAAGGAGGCUGAGCUGCUGAGGAAGCAGCUGAGCAAGACCCAAGAAGACUUGGAAGCUCAGGUGACCUUGGUGGAGAGUCUAAGGAAGUAUGUUGGGGAGCAAGUGCCUCCUGAGGUCCACAGCCAGGCGUGGGAACCAGAACGACAGGAGCUCAUUGACACUGUGCAGCACUUGGAGCACAACCGAGCUGACCUUCAGGCCAAGGUGGAGCUGCUGGAGGUACGUGUGCAGAGCCUCACGCACAUGCUGGCCCUGCAGGAGGAGGAGCUGACCAGGAAGAUCCAACCUGCAGAUGCCCUGGAGCCCGAGUUCCCUAAGAAGUGUCAAUCCCUGCUGCGACGCUGGCGGGAGAAGGUGUUUGUCCUCAUGGUGCAGCUGAAGGCACAGGAUCUGGAGCACAGGAACUCCAUGGAGCGGCUGAGGGACCAGGUGGCCGAGCUCCAGGAACAAGUGACAGCCCAGAGCCAGAAGCAGACCCUCCUGCAGCAUGCCCUCCAGGACAAAGCUGCGGAGGUGGAGGUGGAACGGAUGAGCACCAAGGCAGUGCACAUGGAGCUGAGCCGGGCUCAGGAGGCCAAGCGGCAGCAGCAACAUCAGAUGGUCUCUGCCGAGGAGCAGCUCAAGUUCGUGGUCAGUGCUGUGAACAGCUCGCACAUCAGCCUCCACAGCACCAUGACCAGGGUGGAUCAGGCCAUAGCUCGGCUUCCCAGUCUCAGCAACAGACUCAGCUAUGCUAUCCGCAAGGUCCACACCGUUGGAGGUCUGAUGGCUCGAAAACUGGCCCUUGCUCAGCUGCGCCUGGAGAGCUGUCCCCCACCCCCACCCCCACCGGAUGCAGAACUGAGCCUAGAGUUGGAGCAGCUGCGGGAAGAACGGAACCGCUUGGAUGCAGAGCUGCAGCUGAGCGCCCACCUCAUCCAGCAGGAGGUGGGCCGGGCACGGGAACAAGGGGAGGCGGAGCGGCGGCAGCUGAAGGAGGUGGCCCAGCAGCUGGAGCAGGAGCUGCAACAAGCCCAGGAGUCCCUGGCCAGUGUGGGGCAGCAGCUGGAGGCCACCCGCCAGUACCAGCAGGCGAGCACCGAGGAGGCCGCCAGUCUCCGGCAGGAGCUGACACAGCAGCAGGAGAUCUACCGGCAAGCUCUGCAAGAGAAGGUGGCUGAGGUGGAGAUGCGGCUGCAGGAACAGCUCUCAGACACAAAGAGGAGGCUGAACGAGGCUCGAAGGGAGCAGGCCAAGGCCGUGGUUUCCCUGCGCCAGAUCCAGCGCAAAGCCACCCAGGAAAAGGAGCGGAAUCAGGAGCUGAGACGCCUGCAGGAUGAGGCCAGGAAGGAGGAGGGCCAGCGGCUGACCCGUCGCCUGCAUGAGCUGGAGAGGGACAAGAACCUCAUGCUGGCCACCUUGCAGCAGGAAGGGCUCCUCUUCCAUUACAAGCAGCAGCGCCUGUUAUCAGUUCUUCCCUCUGGGAUGGUGAAGUCCCUGGAGUCCAGCCCCCAACCUCCAGAGUUCUCAGCACCUGGGUCUCCAGCAGCAGCACUGCGCAGCAGAGAGUCCAUAAAAGGGUCCCUGUCUGCCCUGCUCGACAGUCUGCAGGGCCUAAGCGAGGCCAUUUCCAAAGAGGAAGCCGUUUGCCAGGGAGUCAACCAGAAUACACAGAACACUCCUGCUUCAGUCCCCAGCUGAGCCACUGAGCCGCCGGGGGCUAGAAGGGAUGCCAGCCUGGGGCUGGGCCCUGAAGAGGGUGGGGAGUGGGAGGAUGUGGGCAGGGGUAGCCAGCGCCCCCCCCAGCCUUGAGACUCCAGCCACCACCGAGUCUGAAUUCUGCUCUAAAUAAAGAUGGCUCUAGUAGAGCUAGCACGUGGAACUGUGUCUGAGAG